UCAAAGUUGAUUGUUUAGUUAAGCUGGGUUGGAAUUUUGGCCUCACAUUUUGCUAGUUGGGUAAAUUGGUUAUUGAGACGGUUUUCUCAGCUGUCAAAUUGGGAGGUAAUAAUCAAGCUUCAUGAGGUUGUUGAAUUAAUAUAUGUAAGGCACUUAGAACAGCGUCUGGCACAUUAUAAGUAUCAAUAAAUAAACACUGUUACCGUUAUUAUUAUCACUACGAUUUAUAGAGGCCUUAACAGGAACAUCCAGCACCUUCAACAGUAUAUGGCUCAUAGGAAGCAUUCCGUGAAUAUUUGUUAGCAGAAGGACAGCUCUAUGAGAUGACUGCUAUCAAUUACUGCCCCAUUUUAUAGAUGAGGAAACUGAAGCCCAGAGAAGCAAAGUAGUGACCUAGGGUCACACAGAUUGCCGUUAAGUGGCAAGAUACGGGGUGUGUACUCAGGCAUAUCGGAUCUGUAAAGUGAGGGAUAAGGAACCUUAAUGUAUUUUGUAAAUCCUCCAGGGCUGUGUGGAUGUGAAGAACUGAAUUGGAACGCCACGCAGCGGUUCUCUGGCGUACAGUAUCCAUCCAUACAGUAGGCGCUCAAUAAAUGUCUUCUGCACGAAUGAGAAAAGAAAAUGAGUCAGCUGGGGCGAGAUCAUCCCCUAGCGUUGGUGUGCAAUUGCGUGGUCAUCCAAUGCUUCCGACGCUACUCCUGCCGGGUCACCACAUGGGCACGUGUUCCGGCAGGGCGCGGCUUCCGGUGAUCCAGCUCCGCCCCAAGCCCCACCUCAAGCCCCGCCCCUUGACUAUUCUCGCGUUCGCGGACGGCUGCGAUGUUUUGGCCCAUGGGCGGAGCCGUAGUUACGGUCUACUGGGGCGUCGUCCGUAGCCCGGGAGCCGGGUGUCUGGCAUCGCGGCCCCGGAUUCACGAUGUCCGACGAGGAAGCGAGGCAGAGCGGGGGCUCCUCGCAUGCCGGCGCCGUGACUGUCAGUGACGUCCAGGAGCUGAUGCGGCGCAAGGAGGAGAUAGAAGCGCAGAUCAAGGCCAACUAUGACGUGCUGGAAAGCCAAAAAGGCAUUGGGAUGAACGAGCCGCUGGUGGACUGUGAGGGCUACCCCCGGUCAGACGUGGACCUGUACCAAGUCCGCACCGCCAGGCACAACAUCAUAUGCCUGCAGAAUGAUCACAAGGCAGUGAUGAAGCAGGUGGAGGAGGCCCUGCACCAGCUGCACGCUCGCGACAAGGAGAAGCAGGCCCGGGACAUGGCCGAGGCCCACAAAGAGGCCAUGAGCCGCAAACUGGGCCAGAGUGAGAGCCAGGGCCCUCCACAGGCCUUCGCCAAAGUGAACAGCAUCAGCCCCGGCUCCCCAGCCAGCAUUGCGGGUCUGCAAGUGGAUGAUGAGAUUGUGGAGUUCGGCUCUGUGAACACCCAGAACUUCCAGUCACUGCAUAACAUUGGCAGUGUGGUGCAGCACAGUGAGGGGAAGCCCCUGAAUGUGACAGUGAUCCGCAGGGGGGAGAAACACCAGCUUAGACUUGUUCCAACACGCUGGGCAGGAAAAGGACUGCUGGGCUGUAACAUUAUUCCUCUGCAAAGAUGAUUGUCCCUGGGGAACAGUAGCAGGAAAGCAUCUUCCCUUGCCCUGGACUUGGGUCUAGGGAUUUCCAACUUGUCUUCUCUCCCUGAAGCAUAAGGAUCUGGAAGAGGCUUGUAACCUGAACUUCUGGGUGGUGGCAGUGCUGUGGCCUACCAGUGUAAUCUCCCUGGAUUAAGGCAUUCUUAAAAAUUUAUGCUUGGCCUCUUUCGCAAAUUAGGCCAUGGCCCUAAAUAGGAAUUCCCUAGAUUGUGGGCAAGUGGGCGGAAGUUAUUCUGGCAGGUACUGGUGUGAUUAUUAUUAUUUUUAAUAAAGAGUUUUACAGUGCUGAUAUGA